CAUCAAACCAAACACGAGUCGAGAGUCGAGUUUUAACGUGCACUUUUAUAGGUGCGAAUUCGAUCUGACGGACCUGAUGGUGGCGUGCUUUUAACUUUAAGCUAAUUCUUCCUUUUUGCUGAUCCAGAUUCGUAACUCAAACUUACAAACGAAGAGAAGAUGGCUUCAACCGCGGAAUUGCCCGAAGAGGAUGCGGCUGACCUGCAGUUUCCGAAAGAGUUUGAGGCGGCGGAGACACUGCUGAUUUCGGAGGUGCACAUGCUGCUUGAGCACCGGCACCAGCAGAACGAAACGGCCGAGGAGGAGCAGGAGCUGUCGGACGUGUUCGUCAAGACGCUCACCUACACAAACCGAUUCCGCAAAUUCAAGAACAAGGAGACGAUCGCGAGUGUGCGCAGCAUGCUGGCGCAGAAGAAGCUGCACAAGUUUGAGCUGGCCUCGCUGGCCAACCUGUGCCCUGAAACGCCUGAGGAGGCGAAAGCGCUGAUUCCCAGCCUCGUUGGCCGGUUUGAAGAUGACGAGCUCAGGCAAAUGCUUGACGACAUCCAAACAAAAAGAAGCUUGCAGUACUGAACUUUAUUUUUAUUUGCUCGCACUCAUCGUCAGCGGAAGCCAUUCGAUCUGCAAAGUGUAUAAUAUUCCAGUAUCAUCAAAAAUGUUUUGUUAUUUGUAAUAAAUUCUGUACUUUAAAGAGA